GCAGAGACACAAAGCAGCAGAGGAACUAAUUCAAACACACCCAUUUCACACAAACUGAGACUCCCCUCUCGCUUCUCUCAUUUCUGUCACUCAGCGCUAUCUGACGCCGUCCUCCUCCUCUCCCUUUACAGCUCCUCUUAAAAAAAAAAAAAAACACACACACAAAAAAAUCCAACCCUCUCUCUUUCUGUUUUUUUUUCCCUCACAGAAAACAUGCUGGUCGGAGAGGAGGAGGAGAGAAGAAGAAGAAACGCCUCAGAGGCGACAAGAGAGUAAGGAAGCGGGGAAAGUUGUGACCAGAUGGACCGGAGGAGGAAACGGGGAUCUCCACUGCGCUUUUAGGAGGGGAUCAAUAAGCAAAUACAUGAAUCAGAGCCGGUGAGUGAAAGAAGACAGGGCGCGUCGCCGCGGGUGCGUGGACGCGGACGUGAAGAAGACGGCGGCGUCUGUGGGUCCCGUCUCCGUGUGGAUCUGGCUCCUCACGCGCCGCGGCAACUUUUGAGGGGCCUCCGAGAGGAAAAAAGGAGGCGAAGAAGAAGAUUUGGAGGAGGGAAGAAGCUGAUCGAUACGCUCCCGGGAGUCCCGCGAGCGCAAGCCGCGGUUUAAGGCGUUGGCACCCGGGCAGGGGAGUCCCUCGUCAUGGCCGGGGCCAAGCCGGGAGUCCACGCGUUGCAGCUGAAACCCGUGAUCGUCCACGAAGAGCUGAAGAAAGGGAGCAAGUUCAUCAGAUGGGAAGAGGAAUACAACGCUUUUCCCGUCCUGGGGACCCUGAAAGUCGACGAAAAUGGGUUUUACUUGACGUGGACAGCCGGGGGCGUACAGGAAAUCGAUAUCAUCGACUUGUGGACAAUCUGUGACACAAGAAAAGGAAAGUACUCCAAGUCACCAAAGGAUCCUAAGAUACGGGAGAGGCUGGGCUAUGAGAAAGAGGGAUUCGAAUCAAGGCUGCUGACCAUUGUCCAUGGAGUAGACAUGGUGAACGUCUCAUUCAUGUGUUUGUUGGCUUUGGAUGAGAAAAUCGCACAGAUUUGGGCAGAUGAGCUCUUCGACCUGGCGACCAACAUACUUUCCAGGAAUUCAUCGAGGAGCAGGCACCUUUACAAAGCGUACACUAAACUAAAGCUUCAUGGGAGUAUGGAUGGGAGGAUCCCAAUGAAGCACUUUAUGAAGAUGUUUUCUGAUAAGAAGAGGGUGGAAACUGCAAUGGAGCAGUGUAACCUAAACAACAAUAAGUCUGAAAGUAUAAAAGUCGAGGAUUUCACGUGGGAGGCUUUUCAAAAGUUCCUCGACAACUUGUGUAUCCGGCCCGAACUGCAGAGCAUCUUUGAGGAAUGUGGUGCUCGGAGGAAACCGUUCAUCUCUCUCGACCAGUUCAUGGAAUUCCUCAAUGAGAAGCAGCGGGACUCCCGGCUGAACGAGGUGCUGUACCCUCCCAUGAAACGAGACCAGGUCCGACAGAUUAUGGAGAAAUUUGAGACCAACGUCAGCCAGCUGGAGAGAGACCAGCUCAGUUUGCAGGGUUUCAGCCGAUUCCUCAACAGUGAGGAAAACAUUAUCUUACCUCUAGAAAACCUUGACCUCUUUGAUGACAUGACCCACCCGCUGGCUCACUACUUUAUAAACUCCUCUCACAACACAUACCUCACAGUGGGUCAGCUGACAGGCGCGUCAUCAGUGGAGAUGUACAGGCAGGUGCUGCUCACUGGCUGCCGCUGCAUUGAGCUGGACUGCUGGAAGGGAAAACCACCAGACGAGGAGCCCUACAUCACCCACGGGUUCACCAUGACCACUGAGAUCUCAUUUAAGGAGGUGAUUGAAGCGAUAGCAGAGACCGCUUUCAAGGCUUCCCCUUACCCUGUCAUCCUGUCUUUUGAAAACCACGUUGACUCACCUAAGCAGCAGGCCAAGAUGGCAGAGUACUGCAGGACGAUUUUUGGAGACGCCCUGCUCAUUGAUCCACUGGAAAAAUAUCCGCUGGAACAAGAUGUCCCUCUUCCCUCACCACAAGAACUGAUGGGAAAGAUCCUGAUCAAAAACAAGAAGAAGCCUCACCUUGAGAAGACAACUGUGCGGCGCAAAGAUCCCGUCCUGAUCCAGCCGUCGCCCUCCCAUGAUUCCCCCCUUGCAGACACAGAGGGACAGAAUAUUCUGUCCAACGGCGAGCAAAAGCAGGCUGAGAAGACGGCCAAAGACCCUGGGCAACGAGGAGAAGAAAGUGAGGAGGAAGAGGAGAAUGAGCCGCUGCCAGAGGGGAAAAAGGCCACCAGUGAAGAGGGUACAGCCCUAAACGAAGUGUCCGCCACUGAGGAGAUGUCCAAUCUUGUCAACUACAUCCAGCCUGUUAAAUUCAAGGACUUUGACAAUGCAUUGAGGAGGAGAAGGCACUAUGAGAUGUCUUCAUUUGUGGAAACCAAAGCCUUAGAAAUCCUGAAAACCUCACCAUUUGAGUGUCUUACGUAUAAUAAGAAGCAGCUGAGUCGGAUCUACCCCAAAGGAACGAGGGUAGACAGCUCCAACUACAUGCCUCAGCUCUUCUGGAACAUCGGAUGCCAGAUGGUGGCACUGAACUUUCAGACUCUUGACCUCCCGAUGCAGCUGAACAUGGGCGUGUUUGAGUAUAACGGCCACAGCGGCUACCUGCUGAAGCCAGAGAUCAUGACGAGGGGGGACAAACAUUUUGACCCCUUUACGGAAGAAAUUGUGGAUGGGAUUGUUGCCAAUACACUCACAAUUCGGAUAAUCUCAGGUCAGUUCCUGACCGAUAAAAAGGUUGGUGUCUAUGUGGAGGUCGAACUGUAUGGACUUCCACGAGAUACAAAGAGGAAAUUCAAAACCAAGGCCUCCAAUGGAAACUCCAUGGACCCCGUGUGGGAAGAUGAGAGCUUUAUCUUCUACAAGGUGAUUCUCCCCUCACUGGCCUCUCUGAAGAUAUCUGCAUUUGAAGAUAACGGCAGGUUCAUCGGAUACCGAAUUCUCCCAGUGUCUUCCCUCAAACGUGGCUACCGCUACAUCAACCUGAGGACUGAGUUUAACCAGCCACUAUUAAUGGCCUCUCUGCUGGUUUACACUGAAGCUAAGGACUAUGUCCCUAAUCAACACAUGGAGUACAUCGAGGCCCUGACCAACCCCAUUAAGCACAUCAACCAGUUGGACGCAAGAGAAAUGCAGCUUGCUGCUCUCUUGGAGGAAGCUGACAACAAAAAUACGCUUUGUGAAGAAUCUGCAGACUACUCCAAUGAGUUGCAGGAUAUUCCAGAUUCACUCCCUUCCCCGGAGCCAACGCUUCCCACCAGUCCUAUUGAAGAGACUCCUGACUGGCUACCUUCACCAGUCCAAAGUCCUACAGAGGAGGAUUUCAUAGUACCCAUAGUCAAAGAUAUCCCAAGUCUGACUCUGGAGGAACUGAAUCAGCAUAAGAAUCUCACCAAGCUGAAAAAGAAACAAAUUAAAGACUUCAGUGAGCUGCAAAAGAAAAACCAAAAGAAGAUUCAGUCUGAAAGUCAAAAGAAGCGCACCACCAUUGAGAAAAACUUCAAGCGUAGCAUCAAGAAAGGUGAUUCCCAGGACAAGAUUGGAGACAUGGAGAAGCAGAAAGUGCAGCUCUGGGAGCAAAACAUGCAGGAGCUGCUGGAACUGCGACAGAGCCUUUAUAUGCAGGAAAAACAGAUGCAACUGCAGCACCUGGCAGAGGAGCGCGACAAGCUAAAACUGACGGUGACUGAAUUUCAAGAACUUCACAUCAAGAAGCUCACAGACAUUUGCAACAAGGAGAAGAAGGAGAUCCAAAAGAUCCUGGAAAAGAAGCGAAUACAGAACCUUAUAGAAGCAAAGAAGAAAGAUCCUGGCUUGAUAGUACCUGAUUUCCACAAGAAACACAUAAAUGAUUCCGUGGAGAAUAUUCGCAAGCUUGAGAAGUUGCAAAACACGAGAAAAGAGAAGUUCUUACAGAAGAUUCUGGAAAUGACGCAGCAGAUGGAAAAUCUGUUUACACAGCGUGAGUCACAGCUGCAGGAAAAACUGGAGGAGGAGUACCGUCAGCUGCCGAGAGAGGUCAGUCAGCACCUUCCUUCGGACCUACAAAAGAAAGGCGCCGGUAUGGACUCCCCGUUGUCGGCUCUGUCCAAUCACAGCAGCCCCACUUCCGGCACGCCCUCCAACUACUUCACGCCCUGGUCCCAGAGAUCGCUGGACAAGAGUAUGGACAAUAAUCAGCUGCAUGACUCCACGUCCUCCUCCACAACUCCUGCCCUGUCGGAGUCAGAACUUUCUUUCAACUAGACUUUCACGUUUUACAGAGAGAGAGACAAAGACAGGCGUCUAAAGUGAUCAUGUGGGGUGGAAAUGAUUAUGGACUAUCUACUAAUUUUAUUCUUUUUUUAAAAAGAAAUCACUGUUUUGUCCUUGUCUACAGAGCUGUAUUUUUUAUUUUGCUGUUUUUGACAAAUUUGUUAUUGAAAUCUUCAUUAGGGUCAUAAUCAAACUUUUAUUUUUUACACAUUUAAAACAAUGUUCUUGUUGAUUUAGGCGUCUCUUUUAAUUUUUGUGUUCCUCCGUCUUGCAGCCAGUCAGAUUUGCUGCUUCAUGGUGACCCAGGGAAGCUAAACAUCUUUAACCUCUGUUUUUAUACACCUAUUUUUCUGAAAAGCUUUAAAUUGUGUUGAACAAAGCAGCAUCUGACACUUUACUGGUUCAAAGAUGAUCACCGUGGAUAGUUUUUAGACCCAAAUAUGUAAAAUAUUCAAGCUAAAAUGAAGGGAUUUUCUUUUUUUAAAUGUUUUAAAUCUGAGAAUUCGAACUGUAAUAGCGGAAGCUGACCACUAGAUGGAGAUAGAGGCUCACCCUCUUCCUUCUUGUGGAAAUAUUCAGCACUCCAUGACCAUCUUCACCACAAUCUGCAGCCUAAUUGAUUGUGGUGUUCCGGGAUUUCUGUUUUUAUCUUCCCUCUGAAUGAAAAUAUCUGGAAUUUGAAUGUCUUUUAGCGCCAUGGCAGCCUGGAGGAGGACAUUACCUAAAUUAGCAGGACUACUGUGGAACAAGCUGCAUCUUAAUGUAACUGAGACUCUGUUUCCAUCAUGUUGUUGUUGUUUUAAGGCUGAUUUAACUCUAAUUCCAUGACCUUGAUGCUUUAAAGCCGACAUAAGAAAAGUUUUAUGUAGAUUUUAUUUCUCCUAAAAGUUCCCCUAAUUAACUGUGGAGCACAAAGUUAAUGGUACAUUGGUUCUGCUUCUACCAAAGCUUCCAGUUUUUCUGUAUUGUUUUUUGUGAGUAUUUCCUGUUUGUCCACUCUGACUGGUGAAAUGAUGGUACUCUGUAUAGAUGAUCUGUGUAUAUGUGUAGCUGUACAUGAGUUUUACUACUGACUACUAAUGCUGGUGGGUGACGGAGGUUAAAUUGGGGUGAGGGAAGAACCAAAAUAAGUCUAAUUUUAUUUUUUUGGUUUUAUUUUUUUAAUAUUUAGGGAAUCCUGUUGGCUUUUUAUAAGCACUGGCUGCCUUUGUUUCUUUAUGACCGCUAGAAUUACAUAUCUGAUAGAGCUGAUUGUUGGCAUGGAUUCUUUGGAGCAAUGGGUUUACAUGGACUCAGCGUGAUGCGUUCAUGCAGCGGUUCUGACAUCCACACAGCUGCUAAACUUCCUGGUGUUUGAGGCUGAAAACACUGAGACUCUUAUAAAUCAGUUUUCUACCAUUAAUGUCACUGGAAUCUGAACCAAAUCAAUGGAAAAUAAAAUGAAUCAGUCAUCUAAAAACAAUAGGUUGUUUUAAUUGUAUUAUAAUAUUACACUAUUAUACGUUUUUCAGACGACUACAUGGAUUUAAAAAAAUGUUUUUUAUCUUUUUCACUGAGUGAAGUCUUUUCUUUUGUUGACGUAGAUGCAGGAUUGGACUUGAUGUAAAGUUGAAGAUGCUAAUCAAUCAUCUCCAUCUGAAGGCUUUGAGUCGGGACUUACUGGUACUUGGAUCUGCUUCCUUCACUUUGGCUCAAAUCAGACCCGUUUAAAGUGAUGUCAGCCCAUCACUUCAGUGGGUUGAAGUGACCCUGCUUCAAUUACAUCACCCUGUAAAUAAAUCAGAGUGGUGGCUGCUUCAAUUACAAUGAAGCAAUUUGGUACCGUUUUGUACAAAAAUAAGGAGAUUGCAUGAAAUUACUGCAGCUCCUCUCAGAAGAUUUGUUAAACUUUUAGUUGAUUUAUUCAAGGUGAAGGUGGGAAACAUUGUCUCAAUGUUUUCAAGUCCUAAACACUGGAAUUGUAACAAGAAUUCAACAAGGAGCUACUGUUUACGUUCAGGGGUUUUUUUUUCUGUACAAUUCUAGUUUGCUCCCUUUUCUAAUCUGUAAUAGCAGCUUUCACCUGCAGGGGUCAGUGUUUCCUUUGAAUGAAACCUCUUGAGCUUUACGGAUGAUGAUUGUCAAAAUGCUCUGCGCCAACGCAAAGCUCUCUACUCUGGACUCACAUUUUUAAACUGACUGUUGGCAGUCUAAACCAAAAAUCUCAACGCAUUCUUCUCAGUCCGAUUGUUAAGGGAGAGUAGUAUAAAGUCAUCUUCCUGUUCUUUGGUUCGGACAGGAUAAUCAGGUACUCGCUCGUUUUGCUGUGGUUAAAAAGCACUUUCGGAUGUUUGUGAAACAUGUUCCCAAGAUGCAGGUUUCUUUGCAGCCACCUUGCUGUGACGCUCUUUGUGCAAAGUAUCUAGCCUCUUGAAUACAGUUUGAAGAACCAAGGUGGUUUGUUUUCUAUUUGCACUUUGAACUUGGGUUUUAUUUGGUACCGUUUUGUCUCAGAAUGCAAAGAAAAGUCAUCGAUUCACAGGCACGUUAAUUUUGAACCAUUUCUGACUGUACUUUAGAAACCUAAAGAGGUGCAUGCAUUGGUAAAUGUGUCAUUGCUGGGGAUUUUUGCAGAACGGACUGUAUUCUGAUCCAACCAAUUAAGAUUCAAGCAUCUUAAACUUACUCCACCAAUUCUGAUUCAAAGGUUCACCAAUAAACACCGUAAUGAAAACGACCAUCAGGUACAUAUUUCAAAUAAUCCAACAUAGUAAUCUGCAUUUUUGACCAACUGUCUUUCUGAUUGAGUAUAGAUUCGUUUAAAGAUUGUAUGACAAAAAAACUGCAAAAAAUAACUAACUGCACCUUUAAUUAGACCAACAGGACACUACACUGUGAGGCUUGGAGAGAAAAUGUUCUAUAUCAGGCGUGUCGGACUCAUUCUUGUGUUGGGCCAUAUCAAGACCACGAAUGCUCUUAAAGGGCCGGUUGUGCCAGAAUGUAUUGAUUAAACCUGUUCACAAACUGUUAAAAUAUCAAUGAAUUCUUAAAAUUAAAUAAUAUUGAUCAUCUUUUCAGUCCCUCCAGGAUUUUGUGAUUUUUUUUGUGUGUGUGAUUUUUUUUAGCAAUAAAAAUCAAAGUGUUUAUGGCACUAAUUUGGAAAUAUUUGCACUUAUUUACGUCAGUAAAUGCAACUUUAUUACUCGCCGGAUAGGUCAUGGACUAUCGUCUGACAUCAGUUUAUACUGAGGCAGCUGCUUAGUACAUAUAAGAAAGUUUUUGCAAUAAAAUACCAAUUAAGUAUUAGUGCAAAAAAAGUGUGAAUUUGUUGAUUUUGCAUGAAUUUCCAUAAUAAUUCUCAAAAAACCGGAGGGACUGAUUGAUAUAAUUUGGCAGUAAACAGAAAAACUGCAUUGAUUUGAUCGAUAACAAUAUUUAAGCACAAUUAGUGUUUAAUCUAGAAUCUGGAGGGCCACAUAAAAAGCUAAGGUGGGCCGGAUCUGGCCCACGGGCCUCCAGUUUGACACGUGUUCUGUAUCAUUGAUUUCUUUGUGGUUUAAUGUAAAACUGCAUUAACUGCUGUUCUGUAUCAAUAAGGUUGUAGAAUGAAAUUAUCCCUUUGCAUGGAUUUGUGUAGGUUUGUCACAAACCACGUCGUCUGAGCAUUACAGCAGUAACAUCAACAGUAUCGAUGUUACCGUCGUCAAAAUUACAUCAGAGCUUUAUGAGUCGGACAUUUUCCUCUCAUGACAUCAUUCCAACUUGUCUGAUUUCCAUGAUGGUUACUCUCGCUGAUCUCAGAGUGUCGCUUGUUUAGACUUGUCAGCAUUCAAGUCAUAGCAGUUCUACUGGUUUGCUUCAAAGUUAUUGAUUAUUGAUCCUGGAGGUGAACAUUUGUGCAACUUCUAAACUUCACUGAAAGCCAGGCAAUUUCUUAUUUUCAGACAUGUUGGGAAUUUACCUAAACUGUAGAAAAAUGCACUGCAGUGACACCUGGCGGUAUCUAUACCGUGGUGUUUAUGGCGCAAUUAUUAGAGUGGAUUAGUGCAUUGAGGAGGACAAUAUUUAUUCAUAAAGACUUUUUAAUGCAGUCAACUUUGCUUAAAAUUACAUUUUGGAUUUCAAUGAAAUGUGCCACAUAUGUCCUAUGAAUGGUGGCAGUGGAGGCAAUGUUACCAAGGCCACUCAGGCUGCGUUCACACAAAUUGGAAUUGGGUCACUGGAGGCUGCAGUGCGUAACUGGUGCUAUUUUCUGCUGAAAGAUUUGCUUGUUAUUGAACCUGUUAGUUGGUUCCAAAUGAACUUUGACUGAUGUAAAAAGUACUGCGCAUGACACUUUUAUGUAGCACUAAAAGUUGCUACAUUACAGCCAUAAGUGGGUGAAGCCCUAAAAUGCUUUUUCUGGAAGAGCUAGUUAGCAACAGGCUACUGCUAACAAGGACAGCAAUCUGGCCCUAAUUGUGGUACAAGUUUAUGUUGCCAAAUCUAGAAACAGGACGAGUCAAAUUGCACUUUAGUAUGCCUGCUAGUUAGCAACACAUUAGCUCCAAUUAGCAGUGAUGCUAAAUAUCAGGCCUAUUCAUUCAUACAAGCUUGUGCUGCUUGAGCGAGUUAGCAAACUACUGCUAAUUAGCAAUUUCACUACAAUCUGGCCUGUAAGUCUGCUGCCGAUUAGCAACUGUCAAGUCCUAUUUUAUGUUAUCACUACAACCAGCAUUAAUCGUAAGAGAACAUUUGUGGUGGACUAUAAGUUAACUAACUACUAAGAGCUUUGUGAUAUUUGAGCACCCUGUGUUAGCUACGAACAGGCUAAUGCUAGUUAACAGAUGACUGUCAGGGGCCUAAUCCUCAUUAAAUCUGUCUCUAGAAGCUGGCGUUAGUCAGGAUGAUGUUUAAAAAAAUUGCCAUAGUGCCAAAAAAGGUUCAUUUUUUAGCACUAUGUUAGCUACUUUGUGUACUUUAUACAAAUAGAUUGGGAAGCUUAUUUCAUGUCUGUAUUGCGAUGAGUGUGGCACCAUUAACUGUUUGGUUUAUCAGGUUUGGUUAAAUUUCAGGUUUUUGAUGAGGUCAUUUGUCGAUGUCCAAAAUCAGGCUCUAAAAUAAACAGAACUUCUCCCUCAGACGGCCGCAGUCGCUGUUUUUGCUCUGCUCAGCCUGCAGUGUGGUCCGUUUUGGCCCGGUCCAUGUUCUGCUGCUGUUCGUUUUCCAUCACUAUAAACCAGCUGGGUCGUUUUCAAACCACAAACUUUAGCUUCCUCUCAGUCUCAUUUACGUUGUAAACUAGCAUUUAGAACAUCAUACUUCCAGCAUGGCUGCAGCAGAGAUCGGGGCGCCAAACAGAAGUCUUUCCUCUUAUUAGACAUUUGGGUCUCCCUCGGGCCGACCCUCAGGCCUCUGGCUGACAUCUUUCCCCCUCUGUUCUUCCUCUCCCUGCCUCUCUGUCACAUUUCUUUGCCUCCAGUUUCGCCCAGUAAUGAGACCAUAUUUUACUCCUGCACUGGUUAAAUUAAUUAAGAGCAGCAGUGGAGUGCGUUCGCUUCAGAUGUCAUGCAAAAUACAUGAGACGAGAUGUGGGUUCAGUUUUUCUGUAGUGUAAAUGACUCGGAUAUAAAGGGAAUGCUGUACGUCGAUCCGGAUGUAAUAUUUUAUUGUUCCUUUCUAAUUAAAGUGAAGUAUAUGAGUGAACCUUUAUUAAUAAACUUGUAACUUUAUGCAAAUCA